AUGAGUGAAAAAAAUACUAAUACUACAUUAGUUCGAAGAGUUAAUAAAUUGCUUGAAUCAAGAGUUGAGCAUGACAAGGUAUUUAUAUUAUACUUUGUUACAAUUACUAUUAUUUACAUUAAUAAACAUUUCAUUUGAGGUGUCUUUCUUUUUUAGGAUACAUUAGAAGCUUUAAAAGAAUUAUCCACGUUCUUUACAGAAAAUACGUUAAAUUCUCGCAGGAACUUACGUAGUAAAAUAGAAAGAAGAAGUCUUGCAAUAAACGAAGAAUUUUUAUCUGCUUUCAGAGAAGUAAAAUCUUCAUUAGAUGAUAUAUAUCAAGAUGUUUUAGCUAUGAAUACUACAGUUCAAUGUAUGACAAAUCGUUUACAAGCUACAAAAACACAAACAUCACAACUUAUUGCUCAAACUACAAAACUUCAGAAUAAGAGCCAAACUUUAUCUAUGCAACAAGAAGUUGCAAAUGCUUUUAUUAAAAAUUUCCAAUUGACUUCAUCGGAACAAAGCGUUUUACAUGGUUCCACAAGAGAAUCACCUAUUACAGAAGAAUUUUUUUCUGUGGUUAAUCGUAUUCAGGAAAUUCAUAGCAGUUGUAGAAUAUUAAUGCAGUCAGGAUACCAAACUUUAGGACUAGAUAUUAUGCAAAGAAUGACACUAUUGCAAGAGGCAGCCCUUGAAAGAUUAUAUAGAUGGACACAGAAUCAAUGUAAACAUAUUGAAAAUGAACGCUUAGCACCAUUAUUAAUUAAAGCAAUGAAUAAAUUGCAAGACAGACCAGUUUUAUUUAAAUAUAUUUUAGAUGAAUAUUGUGCAGCUAGAAGAACUGCAUUAGUAGGUUCUUUUAUAGAUGCUUUAACACUAGGAGAAGGAUAUGGUAAUACUCCUAAUCCUAUCGAAAUGCAUGCAAAUGAUCCUAAAAGAUAUAUUGGUGACAUGCUUGCUUGGCUUCAUCAAGUCAUUCCUGUUGAAAAGGAAAAUAUUCUUACUUUGGUGAAAGGCUGCGAUAAAACAGAUGUAUCAGACCAGAUUAAACAGUGUUUAAGUAAUAUCUCAGAAGGACUUUGUCAUCCUUUGAAGUCAAGAAUAGAGAAUGUUAUAUCUAUGGAUGCACCAGCAGCAAUAUUAUAUUCUGUUACAACUCUUCUGAGAUUUUAUGAGAUGAUAAUUCAACAAGUAAUACCAGAUAGUACCUUGGACUCAACAUUGACAGAUUUAUUAACACUAAGUGAAAAAAGUUUUCUGAGUAGACUUCAAAAGGAGACACGCAUUGCGCUUGGUGAACGUGCAGAACCUCCAGGAAGUGAUUUAGUACCUGCACCAUCUAUUUCCAGACUAUUGUCACUUCUUAAUGAAAUUCUUUCUGUAGCAAGUAUUGCUGAAGAUAGGGAGAAAGACAUGCUACAGAUAGUAUCAUGCAUUAUUGAUCCACUGUUGCAAGAAGUUAAUGAAACAGCAUCAAGAUUACCUACAGUAGACAUGGCUGUAUAUCUUCUAAAUUGUAUGCAUCAAAUACAGUCUACUUUAGCAUUAUACGAAUAUAUGGACCAGAGAUUAGAAAGAUUACAAGCGCAAUCUGACGCACAAAUUGACACUCUUACAUCAGAACAAGCCAGUUCAUUAGUGGCACAUUUAAAUCUUGGUCCAAUUUAUACUAUUUUACAAGGUCACGAACAAGGCCCGUUAUCUUCCAUUCCUGGAAUGGAUCCUCUAAGUGUAAAAGAAUUUACAAACAAAUUGGAAGCAUUUUUAGUAAUGCCGGAUGUAUUAUUACUGCCACAAAUUAGUUUACUGCAAAGCAGUAAUCAUCGUUCAAUAACCAAGAAACGUUCUUUUGAAGUAAUUGGAGCUAUUUAUAAACAAUUAUACGAAGCUUGUCACGAUCCAAAAAAUUUGUAUCAAAAUCCAAAUAGUUUAUUUUCAAGAACUCCUGAGGAUCUUUUACGAACGUUAAUAUCAAUUUAAGUGUUCAUUAAAGAAAAUAUUUUUUAAGUAUAAUUAUAUAGAAAACUAGAUAUGUAA